UAGACUUCCCGCAGUUAGUCUCUAGAAUAUCGUGGAUUUUUGUGUCUAAAUUUCAAGGCACAACAGAAAAGCCUAAACAUAUUGUUUCUCCGUGUCUUUAAAAAUUGCCUUCAUUCAUUAAUAAUGGCGCAAAUACCAAAUCUUACGUUUUCCAAUGGACAUAAGAUACCAGUUAUUGGCUUGGGCACAUAUCAGUCCCGUUCUGGAGAGGUGGAGAAAGCCGUGAUAGAGGCAAUAAAUGUUGGUUACCGUCACAUUGACACGGCGUAUUACUAUCAGAAUGAAAAAGAAAUCGGUGCGGCGGUUCAAAUGAAAAUUAAGGACGGUACCGUGAAGAGAGAGGAUCUCUUCAUCACAACCAAGCUUUGGAACAAUUUCCAUAAGGAGGAGAGCGUUGUACCAGCAUGUAAAAUGUCCUUGGAGAACCUUGGCUUGACUUAUGUGGAUCUAUACUUGAUACACUGGCCGUUUGCAUUCCAGGAAGGCGGUGACCUGAUGCCCAGAGAUGCGAAUGGUGCUCUUAUAAUGUCGGAUACCGAUUAUUUGGAUACAUGGAGAGGAAUGGAGGAGUGUGUAAAAUUAGGAUUGGCAAAGAGUAUCGGUAUUAGCAAUUUCAACGUCGAACAAAUCACACGUCUGCUCGGGGCAGCUAAAACUUUACCUGUAAACAAUCAGAUCGAAGUCAACGUGAACAUGAAUCAGACACCGUUAAUCGAAUUCUGCGCUAAAAACAACAUCACGGUGACCGGUUAUUCGCCGUUGGGACAGCCUGGAAACCGAUCCGCAAUACCGAACAACUUGGAUCAUCCGAAAAUCGUGGAACUUUCGAAAAAGUACAACAAGACUAGCCCACAAAUUGCUUUGCGUUAUCUGUUGCAGAAAGGUAUCGCGAUCAUUCCGAAAACCGUAACACCCAGCCGAUUGAAAGAGAAUAUCGACAUAAUCGAUUUUUCCUUGACGGCCGAGGAAAUGGCGGCCAUAGCGACCAUCGGUAAUGGCCAACGCGUGGCGCGAUUCGGCGACGCCAAGGCUCACAAGCACUAUCCGUUCGAGCAAUAAAUGUUUCACGGUAAGGACGCCUACCAGCAGGAAACAGCCCGUCAAAUAUCCAGUACAAAAUUAAUAGUAAGGCAUAUAACCCUCCGUUAAACUUACAUAAUCUCACGCCGUAAUUCGGCACUCGUUUGACCCUCGCAUCUAGUCAAUUAAGUUUAUUGAACGCCAUGGAAAAUUUCGGACUCUCCGUUUCGAGUGAUAUCAUACAUAAAGGCGCAAACGUAACGAGCCGAGUCGCCUUGAAUGGUGCUCAUUCAUGUUUGCAUCGAUCGCAAGUGUGUACUUCUUCUAAUAAGGAACAGUUUUGUUUCCUUUCGUAAUACGAUCUGAACAGAUAACACAGGCCGCCAGGUGUAACCUUUGUUUCGUAAUUCACGUCGACUGGUUCAUUGUAUCGUUAUUAGACUGCGGAUGUUUAUGCAAAUUGUCAUUCUCAACGUUCAUUAUCACGAUAAUGAAAAAAAAUGUAAUUUCAUCGAGUCAGUUUAAGAUUUUUUGUGAGCCAGGGCUAUCAAAUUUUUGGUUGCCCCCUUGGUUAAAUAGCGCGGGGGGAAUUGUUAAUGAGUUUGUUCAUUUGAAAGUAAAAUAAACGCACCGAAUCUUUCGUUGAAAGUUUUCAAUUCAUCAUGCUUUAAACGCGCGUAUAAUUCUGUAAAUGCACGAACCUUCGCAGUCUAAUAGUCACGAAUGACCGAUCGAUAUUCUAACGAUCCAUUCCGGAAGCUAUAUAGGGAAGGUUACUUUCCGGGAACCGUUCGUAACGCCAACAGCAGAUAGUUUUCCGUAAUUGACUGGCGACAGGGUUGCGGAAAUACGAUUAAACGAAGUGGAGCAAAACUGGAAGGUCACUAUACUCUUAUGUACAUAAUUGUCCUUCUAUUAUUGAUUCUGAAAGAACAGCGAACAAAUGAAUGUAAUUCAUAUUAGACGAGUACGAAAGGGGAGUGCAAGAGUUUAUGGGAAUCUAAAUAAUGUUGAGUGCGCGAUAGUAAAAAUAAAAUAUAUUUUCGU